AUGGGGCAUCAGGUUGUAAUAUUUGACUUUUCUGUCAUAAGAGGACUGUGGGAAACUCGAGUUAAGAAGAACAAAGAACGUCAGAGGAAGGAGAAAGAAAGAUUAGAACAAAGUGCAUUGGAGAAGAUAAAACAGGAAUGGAAUUUGAUACUAGAGUGCCGUAAAAAAGGUAUUCCUCAAUCAAAAUACCUGAAGAAUGGCUUUGUAGACAUCAAUGAGAAGAACCUGGACACUCCUGGAAAGACUCCUCAGCUCAAGAAGAGUCAUGCCUUGUCAGAUGGAGUAAAUAAGGAACAAAACAAGUUUAUCUUUCAGCUUUCUGGAGAGCAGUGGACGGAGCUCCCUGAUUCCCUGAAAGAACAGAUCUAUCUGAAAGAAUGGCAUGUGUACAAUACAUUGAUACAAACCAUUCCAGCCUACAUUGCACUAUUUCAAGAUCUGAGAGUACUGGAAUUGUCAAAAAAUCAAAUCAACCAUCUUCCAGCAGAGAUUGGCUGCUUAAAAAACCUCAAAGUGCUCAAUGUGAGUUUCAAUAAUUUGAAGUCAGUUCCUCCAGAAUUGGGUGAUUGUGAAAAUCUAGAAAAACUGGAUUUGUCUGGAAAUAUGGAAAUAACAGAGCUCCCAUUUGAACUAAGUAACCUGAAACAACUCACAUUUGUGGAUGUGUCAGCAAACAAGUUCCAUUCUAUCCCAAUUUGUGUACUCCGGAUGUCUAAUUUGCAGUGGUUGGAUAUUAGCAGCAACAGCCUGAAAGAUCUCCCAGAAGACAUAGACAGGUUAGAUGAAUUGCAGACACUUCUCCUACAGAAAAACAAGUUGACUUAUCUUCCACGAGCUCUUGUCAAUAUGCCAAAGCUCAGUUUGCUAGUUGUCAGUGGUGAUGACCUGGUUGAGAUACCCACAGCCAUCUGUGAGUCAACCACAGGUUUAAAAUUUGUAAGUCUCAAGGACAGUCCGGUUGAAACCAUUGUAUGUGAAGACACUGAAGAAAUUAUAGAAAAUGAACGUGAACGUGAGCAAGUUGAAAAAGAGUUUAUGAAAGCAUACAUUGAAGACCUUAGGGAAAGAGAGUCUACUCCUUCCUACACUACAAAAGUAAUGCUCAGUCUCCAGCUCUGAAGAUUAAAAAUCUCUAGAUCUCUACUGAAUAUCUCAAUGACUCUCUUUUUAUCCACCUGAAUAGUAAACACAUGAAAAUAUAGAUGGCCAGAAUGACAUCAAAAUCAUAUUGAAUUAUUUAUUUGUUUCUGUAGUCUUUUCAAGUAACUACAGAUGAAACAGAAAGGAGCAGUAGAACCUUCAUAAGAUGCUGUUUCACUUUUUAAGUCAACAUGUUUAUUUUAAAGUUCACAGCAAAAGCCACUAAUUUGCAUGUAGACCUGCUGAAAGUAAAUAAUCACUGUAACUAAGUGUGCACAGGCAUAGCUGAAGAAUGAAGACAUUGUAUGUUACAGUUGAAACAGUGAAACACAAAUAUAUAAUACAUAUCUCUUAGGAAGAGAUUUGAUGAUAUAAAAGGGGAUCGACGGAUUUAGAAAAUGAAUGUCAUCUGUUAUUUUCUAAAGACCAAACACAUAUUUAAGUAUUUACAAUAUUCAAAUGAGAACACACCCAUAGUUUGCAUUUACAUUCUGUUCUGCAAGAAAAUUGUCCUCAGAAUUUUAGGUUUAGAUAAGUUUCAACACCUUUCAUAUAGAAACUGUAGCAGCUCUCCUUUUACUUCAAGCAUAUUUUAAACUUUUACCUGUUUGCAAAUUCAAGUACCAAUGUGAUUGAAAUUUCUGUGCUAAGCAGUCUUAUAGUAUAGUAGUGUACUAAGCAAGAUUAUAAGGCACUAAGUAGUGUCAGCUAAUACGAUCAGCAAAAUGAUGAUACGAGUCUUAUAUUAAUGGUUUCAGAUCACAGGAUUUUGUGAACGUUUGUUGGAAUUUUCCAAGUUGUGUAAGAAAGAGUUUGCUGGUAAAACAUUUUGCUUGCUAUUUAAUAAUCUGUUUACAUACAAUUAUUUAGGUGUAUAUAAAGCAGAGUUUCAGAAACCUAG